CGCAGGGCUAACAGUGCUCCCACUGAAGUCAGUGGCAAAACUCCUAUAGGUUUCAGUGUGAGUAGAAACAGGCCCUUAAUGAUGAAAGCUGGCUUACAGGUAUUGGCAGUCUGUCAGCAUCAAGUUUUCAUUAACAUUAUGGUUUCAGAGAAAUGGCCACUAUUCUAUUUUUAAUUGCAAUCUUGUACCUUUCUUUUAAUUCUUAGUACUACGGUUAUUAUGAAGGAUGUGGUGUUUACAUAGCAAAGAGAUGAAGAACUUCCCUCUGUCAGGGCCAGCAUAACAUUGAUGUUUUAGAAACAAAAUGGUGACCCUGAGGAGGAGAGUGUUUCCAGCCAAUGGGCAGUAGUUGCAUAACAUGGCUGACUGCUUUGAGAACUUUUCUGUAGCUACUAGUAUCAAAAGAACAGAUAUGCAGAUCAGGAAAACAUCAAGAGGUUACAAGGUCGCCUCCAUUCCUUAUAAAUACCAGACAAGAGUGAUCCCAAACUCAGAAAAAAAAGGAUUUAAUUCUCAAGCAAAGAGGUUUCAGUAUAACCAGAAUGAAAUUCCAGGCCCGGGAUUCUAUAAUGUCGUUCACCAAUCUGCAGAGAUUAACAGCACCUCACUGUCAAAGAAGGGAACGGGCUACUUUCCUUCCAUGGAUGCUCGUCUCCCACACAAAAGAAAACCCAGCUACCCUGCCGCAAAUGCCUACAACCUCUCAUUGACAUUUCAAUCCAAGCAAGAUUUCAGCAUGGGAAACUCCAGCAUGUUUCAGCAACCAAUCGCUAAGAGGAGAGAGCAAAUGUCCACCCCAGCGCCCAAUCAAUACAACGCCUUUCUAGAUUUCUGCAAGCAAAGCAACAACGUGUGUGCCCGGGCGAUGUUUUUGUCCAAAACGACAAGAGGAUUAAGCACUGAUAAAACAGAAAAAUGGCCUUCUCCGUGCCAUUACAGAAUCAACGAAUCCCUCGUCAAGAAGUCCCCCAGGAUUCUAGUGUCUUGCUUCAAAUCAAAUACUCAUCGUGAAACAAAAGUGAACACAAUAAGCCCAGGGCCUGCAGCCUAUCAGCUAAGCAAACCCACUAAAGCAGCAAAGAAGACCACUUCCAUGCGAAAGCAAAACUUGAAUUUCUCCGCCCCAGCCAUACCACCCCCAAAAAAUCCACCUUUGCCUGGUCCAGGGCAGUAUGAAAUAGUGGAUUACGAAGGCCCACCAAAGCAUUACAUCUCUAGUGCUGUAUUUGUCUCAAACACGGGACGGUGGAGAGGGGACACAUCUCAGCAAGUGAUACCUGGGCCAGGUACUUAUCUGCCAGAAGUACCAGGGAAGCAGUCCUUUAUCUACAAUAUUGAUAACAAGUGGAUUCCAGUACUGUAGGCAUCACAGCCCACAUAUUUUGGAGAAAUUCUGCAAAGACUGGACUUCAUUCAAAACCAGCAGUACAUCCGCUAAUGCACAAGCAAGCUAUAGUGUCCCCAGCACCCAAGUUUUAACUGUCUUUAUUGUCUGGCAUCUGAUACUGGUAUUUUGCACAUAUUGCAAACUGAAAGGUGAUCAUUAGGCUGAAAUUGACCUAAGAUCUUCCAAUUAAGCUGACACUGAACAAUUCAUGCAAAUAUUGUUUGAUUCUUUUUUACCCUAUGGAAUUAGUGAUCAUGUAUCUUUGGCGCUGAUAAAUUCUGGCCAUAUAUCGGCCAAUCACGGUAUACUUGCGGAAAUCUAUAUCUUGCUUUUUAUCCCCAGUUAUCUUGGUUGGAACUGUGGUUCCCCUGAUCCUCCAUUUAGACCUCUGGCUUUUAGAAUGCAUGUGUGGUGCUGGAUUAGGUGCACUCUCUCCCUGUAAACACAAAAUAAAUCUCUGUGUGUUCUAGUCAUGACAAUAAUACAAAUAAUAAUAGCAGUCUGUCUCAUCUAAUCAACAACAGCAAAAGGAGGUGGGAGUAGGAACAGCUGUCCAAAAUUGAGCAUUCGAUCAGAGGUUUGGAAUUGCACCUGUUUAUCUUCACCUGUUUCUCCUCUUACUCACACAGGCGUAAAUCAGAAAAAACUCCACCGAAGUCAAUGAAGAUUUGCAGAUUUACUCCAGCUCAGAGGCUGGCCCCAAAAGGGCCCCAUUUGAUACCCACAUUGCACUGAUGUAAAUGACUGCAUACAUAGCAGCGUAAGGGUGAGUCCGCCCCAUACAGUAUGCUACCCUGGCUGAGUGUCGUGUAAGUUCCAUCUCUCCAGCAAAGCCCUGGGCAGUCUGGGAUUUUAGGAGAUCACAUUUCCCAUAGCAACAGACAAAUUGCUUGUAGAAAAACCUACAAGCAAGUGACAUGAAAUUAAACCAAGGAGGGUAGAGAGGGUAGAUGAAAGAUACAUGGAACUGCAAGAUACAAGGAAAAGCAAUGAAAGUGACAACACUCUUAUUGGCACUCUGCAGAGAAACCAUGGAGUGGGAGACUGACCUUGUUCCUAGCAGAUGGUACAGAUAGCUAGAUCAGUGGCAUUCAGGAUUGGGGCACAUUGGGAGGGCAAUAUGGGAGAAAGCUUGCAUUUCUGUGAUGUUUGUGCUCUGAGGACAGAGCACUUCAAUUUGUCAUGCACAGUCAGGUCUUGGCAUGUGUAGGUGUGAUGCACUUGCAAAAUUUGUGCAAUGUAAGCAGCACGCCUUCAAAAUGAAUAGCUGUGGAUGCAGUUUUCUGAUCUGGAAGUGAGGAUAAGUCAAAAACUUUUGAAUUAAUUGGUUUUUUUUAAGUCAGUACAAACUAGCCACCAACUGGACCUAGCAGAAUAUUGCUUCAGUGGAAUAUUGCUUCUCUCAUUCAUCAUCAUGAACUCCUGGCAAACAGAAGUGGGUUCAUACUUUCACAUGACCUUUAUCCACCCUCAGGACUUGCUGCCCCAGAGCCUCUUCGGUAGCACUUUAACCUUCUAAAGGUGCUGGUGGGCUCCGGGUGACCAGUCAAGAAUGCUCUUGCAUGCUUGUGAGCUGUGCUUUACACAAGUUGUAUGGCAACUCGCCUUUGCUGGAAGGGAUGAACCGAUACUGAGCACGCCAGUAAUGUCAGCGAAA